AUGUCGAGUUGCUUAACACAUAACCGGUUUUUUUUUCAUUUCUCCUUAUCUUGUACAUGUAUACCGACAAAGACUUUACUAACAUUGUUCAACGCGCAGAUUAUGUGCAUAGGAAGAAACUAUGCGGAUCAUAUCAAAGAGCUCAAUAGCGCUCGCCCCAAGCAACCCUUCUUCUUCCUAAAACCACCUUCAUCCAUUCUACUUCCAGGUGCUGGCCCAAUCUUGCGCCCCCGUGGCGUCAUAAUGCACUAUGAAGUCGAGCUCGGCCUCAUCAUGGGGAAGCAAGUGCGGGACCUUGACCCAGAGGAUACGAAGGGCGCUUUAGAGGCUAUCGAUGGCUAUCUUCUUGCCAUUGACAUGACUGCUCGAAACGUGCAGGAUGAAGCCAAGAAGAAGGGUCUCCCAUGGUCCAUUGCCAAAGGCUUCGACACAUUCAUGCCAAUCAGCAACAUCAUCGCAAAGUCGCGCAUUCCCGACCCCCAAAAUGCCCAUCUGUGGCUCUCUGUGAACAAGGAGGUCAAACAGUCCGAUAACACCAAUCUCAUGUUGUUCCGCAUCCCAAGAAUGUUGAGUGAUAUCAGUCGCGUAAUGAGUCUCGAGAAGGGCGACAUUGUCUUGACGGGAACACCCAAAGGCGUAGGACCCGUAAAGACGGGUGAUAUCAUGAGGGCUGGAUUGCAGGUUGAUGGGAAAGAUGUCGAAGAGGCGAAUAUCGAGGUUCCUGUGACCGAUCGCGAGGGUCUGUACGAAUUCAAAGAAACAUAA